CAACGAGAACGGUUCGCUAAGGCUGUGCGGAAAAAUAACAAGCGAGUGAGAGAGAACGGCGAGAGCGACGCCCCGCAACGAGAGCAACAAAAGAGCCAGAGUGCGCGUGCGAACGAGAUAGCUGUCGAGCUGGACCAGUAAAAAGCCGGAGCGAGCGAGACGGCCAAUCGGUAGUGCGAGCGACGAAAAAGAAAACAAAGGCACUCGCCAAGAGCAGUUGGCUACCUGCCUGCAAGAAUAUUUACGAAUGUGUGUGCCCAAGAGAGAGUAAAUAGCGGGCGACGCAGGCAGAGUAAAUAACGAAAAGCAGCGUGGUCGUCAGUCGAAAAAACUACUCAAAGCGGACGGACGUCGGUCGGUUGUUCGCUAUUGUAACUUAAUCGCUGACUAAAGCGACCACCAGAAAUAACAAAAAAAGACUUGUGAUUAAAAUAAGUCCAGAGCUCAAAGCUCAAGUUAGAAAAUAAAAAUAAUCAUAAAUAAGAAAGAUCGAAGCAAAUUUCCUUUGUGUGACAAAUGUUGCAGCAACUACUAAGUCUGCUGCCUUAUGUACGACGCGAGUGACUGUGUGUGUGCGCGCAGAAAACAUAGAGCAAAGCAUAAUACACAAUAAAGGUGCCCACGAAAGCAGAGCAGCCGAAAGUGCCAGCGCGUGUUUGUGUGGUUGCUUUCGGAGCAAAGUGAAGAAAUAAAUAAAGUGAAGUGAAGAAUGAGAAGCAAAAACGCUGACUCAAAAACUUAACUACCUAUACUGUUUGGAUUAUUUACUUGGAUUAUUCACCCGCCAUUGGAUUAUAUAUGUAUACGAGGCGACCACCGCGAUGCCAAUUAACUGGCUGGAUUAUUAGUGGAUUAAAGAUUGAAUUCAGAGAUUGACGCUUGUGCGAAAAACAAAAGCGAAUUUUAGCAGCUAGAGUAUUAUUACUAUGAUGACGCCAGAGUCGAAAGCAAUACCGCCAGCAGCAGCAUCAACAACAACAUCAGUAACAACAAUAACGCCAACAGCGGCAGGAACAACAACAACAAUGGCUCACACACAACAAAAGUUGCAGUUGUCAACGUUGGCGAAGGCAACAGCAACAACAGCGACAAUAGCGACAACAGCGACAACAACUAAGGCGACCAAAAGCGUUGUCAGCAAUGCAAAUAGCAAUGGCAACACUUCAAGCAAAAAGCUGGCUUUGUCUCAGAAAACAGCAACAACUAAUGUUGAUAAAAUGCAAAAGCAACAUCAACUGAAGCAGCAACUUUUUGCUGCCUGCAGCAUUAAAGUAAAAAGUGAAAACACAUUAGCAGCUACAGCAGCAGCAACUACAACUGCAACAACACUUGCCCCCGGUAAAGCAGCAAAAACAAUAUUAGAAAACAGCAUCAAGAAAGAAUCAACGCCUCCGGCCACGAAUGCCGUCGAUGCCAAUGAGGCAUCUUCCUCAUCAUCGUCCUCCUCCUCAUCGUCUUCGUCGUCCUGCUCAUCUUCUUGGUCCACGACAAGAAGGGCCCCUUCUGAGGAUGCCAGCAGUAAUGGUGGCGCCUCCGCCGAUGAGGAGAAAACGGAGGAGGACCAGGGAACGUCGGCAACGGCGACAACGACUUCCGAUUUGGCCACAACUUCAAGGCCACGCCCCGUCCUUUUAACGGCCGUUAAUCCGCACAUCAUCUGUCACCUGUGCCAGGGAUAUCUGAUCAACGCCACCACCAUCGUCGAGUGCCUGCACUCCUUCUGCCACAGUUGCCUCAUUAAUCACCUGCGAAAGGAGCGAUUCUGCCCGCGCUGCGAGAUGGUCAUCAACAACGCCAAACCGAACAUCAAAUCGGACACCACGCUCCAGGCGAUUGUCUAUAAGCUCGUGCCGGGCCUUUACGAACGGGAGCUGAUGCGCAAAAGGGCCUUCUACAAGGAUCGUCCACAGGAGGCCGCAUUGGCCACGCCCGAACAGCGGGGCGACGAUACGGAACAUCUGAUCUUUAGUCCUUCUGAUGAUAUGUCGCUGUCGUUGGAAUACGCGGAAUUAGGUGAACUAAAGGUCGAGUCCGAGUCGGAAUUGAUGGACACUCUGCGUCCGCGGUAUCUUCAAUGUCCGGCAAUGUGCCGAGUGAGCCACCUAAAGAAGUUUGUCUACGACAAGUUCGAAAUUGAUGCCCAGCGUUUUAGCAUCGAUAUUAUGUACAAGGUUAAGACCAUCGUUUUGCUGGACUAUUAUACUUUGAUGGAUAUUGCGUACAUCUAUACGUGGAAGCGGGAUGCACCCAUGCGGUUUUACUAUCGUGUUUAUGAGUCAACCCAACCGCUGGUCAAACCCACUCCUCGUCGAGUGCUGCCACUAAAAGUGGAGAAGCAGGAGAAGCAGGAGAAGCACGAGAAGCACGAGAAGCAUGAGAAGCAUGAGAAUGAAAAUCAAGAGCAACAGCCGGCGGUGGAAGCUCCUCCAAGGGUGGAACUGGCGCCUGUGCCAGCAGUCCAAGCGCCCAUUAAACUGGAGCAGCAGGAAACCACCAAAGAAAUCGAGAAAAAGGUGAUCACAGACAUGGUGCCAUCACCCACCACGGAGCCACUGAAACUGGUGAUCAAUCGAAAUAUGCUGGAAAAGCGAGAGAAGAGUCACUCACCUCAGACCAAUUCGAAAUCUUCUUCGAAGAACUCUCCCUCUACGCCUGUUUCAUCACCCUCGGAGCCCAAUAUCAAGCUGAAGAUCGAUCUGUCCAAGCAGAACAGCGUGACCAUUAUCAAUAUGUCCGAUCCCGAACGCAGGGAGAUUGUGAAGCCCCUGAAACCCGAGAAGGAAUCGAGGUCUAAGAAAAAGGACAAGGACGGCAGCCCAAAGUCGUCGAGCAGCUCCAGUUCAUCUGCGAGUGGAGAUCGCAAGCGUAAGAGUCCCAGCCCGCUGACCGUUCCUCCAUUGACCAUCCGCACGGAGCGCAUCAUGAGCCCAAGUGGAGUGAGCACCCUGAGUCCAAGGGUAUCCAGUGGAGCUCUCUUGGAGGAUCCCAAGUCAGAGUUCCUCAAAUCCUUUGCUCUGAAGCCCAUCAAGGUGAAGGUGGAAUCCCCGGAGAGAAUUACCAAUAGCAGAGCCAUCACCCCGCCUUUGUCUGCAGUGCAGCAAUCUUCGUCGCCCAAAUCGAAGGGUAACUUGGAUGACAGCAUACUGAUGAAACCGCCCAGCUGUAUGCCGCCCAAAUCCAUUGCCUCAUCGAAGCGAAAGAGCAAGGAACCAGUGAAGGCAGUGUCCAAGAAGCCGAAGCUAUCGCCUCCACUCCCAAGGGAGGACUUUAAGAUACGCCUGCCUGCCACCAAUGGAAAUGCUCCAGCAGCAGCGUCACCUAAGGUGGAAAAACCACUGAUGCCGCCGCCGUCGAAGCCACCGAUGUUGGCCCCCCGGAAACUCCAGCCCACCGCCCAGUUUGCUGCCCCACCUUCCUCGCCAAUGCAUCAACAUGCCGGAGUGCAGAUGUCGGCUCCCGGCAACCGGACUCCUAUCGCCAAACGCUAUCAGCCCAUUCUACCUAAGGCAUCCCGUCCAAAUCCGUUUGCCAAUAUUCCAAGUGAUGUCAAUCGAUUGCUCAAAGAUGCUGGUACCGAAAUCAAGUCGAUUGGAGGAGGAUCUGCAGAGAAUGCCAGUAACUCAAACUCCCAAAAGUCGCAUGUUUACGGUCCCAAGAAUGAGUCGAAAAUGGGUCCACCGGCUUUGCCUGCAAACCCCGCUAAUGGAGCAGCCCCACCUCAAAGUAACAGAAGCCUUGCAAAGCAGGGCGGCAAUUCACCGAUGUCAGCGCCACCCAAUAAGGGCAACAGUUCCAAUAACUAUCUCAAUCUGGCACUGUUCAAUUCAAGCAAGUCCAAGGGCAAGGAGGCGCCUCCUGGCUGCCGUACGCCCAUGUACACACCCAAUUCGCCCAUUUACUCACCAAGUUCGCCGCAGUAUGUGCCCAGCUACAAUAUUCCCACGAUGCCCACCUAUAAAUACACCCCAAAGCCCACGACAAAUGCCGGAACUGCAACGGGAACGGGAACUGGAACGGGAGGUACUGGAAGCUACUUGCAAAACAUGCUGGGUGGCGGCACUGGAGGAUCACUAUGCGGAUUGUUCCCCUCGCCACCCACCAAAUCCGAUCAGAAUACGAAUCCUGCUCAAGGAGGAUCAGCUUCAGCUGCUCAGUCGGGUGGCAAUGGAAAUGGCAAUGGCAAUCUCUAUCUGCCCAAUGAAGAUGCGCCCGAGAAACAGCAGGUUAAGGUCAAGUCGCUGCUUAACUCGUGCAACAUCAACAUCCCCUCAUCGCUUUCGAUCACCAUCUCGCGGGACAAUGGAGACCCCUCGUCACCGAUCAAUGGCCAACAUCCCAAGCACAAGAGUCCAGUGAACAACUACAUUGAGAUUGUAAAGCUGCCCGAUCAGCCGCAGGAUCAGGUUCAGGCUGCCAAGGAGGCUCAGAAGCGACAAUCGCCACCAGUUGCCGGACCAGUAACGCUGCCCCUGAAGCUACCUCCUCCGCCACCGUCUAAGGCUAUUCCUUCGCCCCAGCACUUAAUGUCUCGCAUGACGCCGCCACAGUUGCCACAUGUGGCCACGCCCCCGCCCCCCCCCCCGGCCCAAAGUGCUCCUAGGGUGAUCACGCCACCAAAAACAUCACCGCCUUCCAAUGCCGCCAAAGGAACGCCUCUGAAGCCAGUGCUUACGCCCACGCAGGCGGAUAAGAAGACGCCCAGCCCGGAAAAGCGAAAUGCCGCUCAAAUGGGCAGUCAUUCGCCAACUGCCAGCGAAAACAAGUCGCCCAAGGGUGGAGCAGCAGGAGGAGCGAACUCGGGAGUGGCCAGCCAGAAUGGCGAUCCAGCGGCCAAGAAGUUCCGGCCCAUCCUUCCUCGCCAGAAUGCCAUGCCUGAGCUGGCGCCCAAGUUGCCCACUCUGGCGCCUCCUUUUGGCUUCAAUCCACCUCCGAACCCGGUGACCGGCAAAAAGGUGCCGCCCAGCAAGAAGUCACCGAAUGCAGGCGCCAAUGCCCAACAGCCUGGCCAACAGAAGCUAGCCAACGGAGGACAUCAGCAGCAGGCGCCGGCACAGAAACCCAGUCCACCCCAGAAGAACCAACAGCAGGUUAAAAAGGGGUCCAAGAAUCCCACGCCACCGCCUCCGUCCCUUCCAGCGGUGGGCAAGAUGAUGCCCCACCCCGGCAUGCUCGGACAGAAUGCGCCACUGAGCAUCGCUUCCAGUGCCAGUGCGGCAGCAGUGGCCUCCGGCCAACUGGACCUGAGCACCUUCAUCAAGGAGAACCUGAUGCGGGCGCAAGCGGCACAGGCUGCCCAGGCGGCGGCCGCGGCCAACCAGUCGAAUCUGCUGUACAACUUUGCCCAGAUGGGACACAUGUCGCCGGCCAUGUACGGCUACCAGCAGGCGUAUCUCAUGGAGCAAUUGUCACGGAUGCAGCGCGCCGGUAACGAGGUGUUCAACGAUUAUCUGCAGAAGCUGAAGAGUGCCGCCGCCAGCGGCGGAGGUCCGGCCGAGGGGGAACCCAAGCCGAUGCUGCCCACGGUGACGUUGCCCAGUCCGGGAGCCACUCCGCCGGCAGCCAGCCCCAAGACUUCUCCCCUGCCGUCCGGCAAGCUGGCGGCAGCAGCCACGGCGCCCCAAACCAAGGGAAACGGCGGCAGUGGAGCGAGUGCACGGCAACAGACGGCGGCCACUGGCAACAAUGGAGCAACAGCAACAGCCGCUGCCUCCCUGCCACCGGCCACAAAGAGCAAGUAAAGGAGUCGCGCCGGAAUUGCAGCCAACCCCCCACGUAGCUCUAAUUAAUUUUUAAAGACCUUGUUUUAGUUAUUCAUUAACGUUACCCGUUCGGUCGUUGGUGUUCUAUAUAGAAGAGCCCCAUGGCCAGAACCAGUUCCUCGCCCUAAUUACGGUGGCACGAAAUCCAACCCCUGCACCUGGGGGUGGAUUCUCAUCACCCAAAAAAAAAAAUGUUACACAUCCAGCCGAGUGUAAACUGCCCUUGGUAGUGGAAGCAAUGCUCUGUAAAUAUAUAUUACUCCAUAGAUUACUCCCAGAUCUAACAGUGAUGUUGAAUUGUAUUAAUGAAAACAUAAACAAAAACAAAAAAGUAAAAAGAAAAAACGGAGAAUAAGACAGCGAUUCAGAAUCGAUAUAUGCAGAUAUACGAACUAUAUUUAUUCAUGGCCGUAAGCUAAGCUAAUCCUAAGUGUAAAUACCAGCUAUAAGAUACCAUUUUGUAUAAUCUUUUCUAUGUAAAAUCAAGCGGAAAAAUAGAAAUCUAAUUUAUGCCAAAAA